AUGUUUCAAGGAAAUAUCUCCCACUUAACCACAUUUGUUCUCAUUGGAGUCUCAGAGCAUCCAGAACUUCAACUUCCCCUCUUCUUCAUCUUCUUUGCAAUCUACGGAGUGACAGUGACUGGAAAUAUGGGCAUCAUCACACUCACUAGUAUAGAUUCUCAACUUCAAACUCCCAUGUACUUUUUCCUCAGACACUUGGCAAUCAUCAAUCUUGGCAAUUCUACUGUCAUUGCUCCCCAGAUGCUGGUUAAUUUCUUGCUGGAGAAGAAAACCAUUUCCUACUAUGGAUGUAUAAUCCAACAUGCAGGCUUCAUAGUUUUCAUAGUUGCUGAAACUUUCAUGUUGGCUGUGAUGGCCUAUGAUCGUUAUGUGGCUAUUUGUAAUCCCUUAUUAUACAUGGUUGUGGUAUCACGGAAGGUUUGCAUCCUACUUGUUGCUCUUACAUACAUUUAUAGCUUCUCAACAUCAGUGACAAUUACCUCUUAUGUUUUCUCAAUGUCCUACUGUUCUUCUAAUGUCAUUAAUCAUUUUUACUGUGACAAUAUCCCUUUGUUAGCUUUAUCUUGCUCUGCUACUCAUAUACCAGAGACUAUAGUUUAUAUUUGUGCAGCUACCAAUCUCUUCAUUUCCAUGACAAUUGUCCUGGUGUCCUAUUUCCAGAUCAUCUUGGCCAUCCUGAGGAUACGUUCAGCAGCAGGAAGAUGGAAAGCUUUCUCUACUUGUGCUUCCCACAUAACAGCUGUCACUGUUUUCUAUGGGACACUUCUUUUUAUGUAUGUGCAGCCCCAGUCAAACCAUUCCUUAGAUACUGAUAAAGUGGCUUCAGUGUUUUAUACGCUAGUAAUCCCUAUGUUGAAUCCUAUGAUCUAUAGUCUAAGAAAUAAGGAUGUAAAGGAGGCUCUGAGGAGAGUCCUCACCAACCUUUGCCAAACUUUUAAAAACAUAUAG